GUCGUUUCGCGGGUAGCUCUUCACGUUUUCGGGUGUCUUUUGAGUGUGGAUGGAAUUUGACUGAAUUCUGUGCUUUUUCCCUCCCAGUGCACUAACUUUGCCAUGCCCAUCAAAAGGAAUGGUGGAGGAGGAUGAUUAAUUGGCAAAUCGUACCUGGACAGGUGGUUUUCCGAUAGGCCCUUGACUGUCUCAGCCGAUGGGGUCGAGUGUGUGCUUUUGCGUUGUUGACCCGAUAAGAGACGGAAGUUCUUGGGAUCGAUCUUCGUGAGUUAGUGAAUUUCACGAGGGUUAAAGAGAGCGUGAAACCAUAUUGCGGUUUGAAGAAAGAAAAGUUGAGCGCGUGGGUUCGGAGGAAAUACCUACAUUGACAAGGGUGUGAUGGUGGAGGAAAAUCAUUAACCUUAAGAGUGUGACACCCUCGCCUGGCUUGUCGAUGGCGGUGUGACAGCUUGAAUAGGCGCGCGACUAGAUCCAGCGAAAGGGGGUGAGACCAGUUUCGAUUGUUGUUUACGUUGGCUGGCAGUUUUAUUGCCAAGAUGAAUAACGAGAGGGUCAGUUCCAUAUUUUUUUUUUUCCCUGAAUGAAGUAAAAUCAAGAAGGAAGCAAUCUGGCAACGAGUGAAUAAUAGAACCAUAAAGUGAGCUUUCACCCCCUCCGAGGUGGGACCUUUUCCGGAAUCGGUGCACGUCGCUCACGUUUGGGAGAAAACGAGCGGAAGAAGUUGGGUAUUAAUACGCGAAUGAUGAUUGAGUGUGGAAACUGUGAAAAUUUGAUUAAUUGAAUGUGAUUUGCGGCAGCCAAGUCGAGCACCCCGAAACAGAAUCGAAAGAAGAAAACGAGUCAUCCUCUCCUAAUGGGGUGGUAAAUAUCCCUGCCACAAGGACGACGCAUUUGUUCGAAGUUAGCAGGCAGAAAAAAAAAAAUAGAAGAAAAACGUGAUCCUGCGGUGUGAAGAGAAGAAAAUUAAUGAUAUUACACUGUUGAAUAGAGCGAGCCCAUUUGCUGCUGGCGAGUGAGAAAGGAAGAAGCGCCCCGGCCCAGCAGCGAAGAAGCGUUGAGGAGGGGAAGUGAAUGGAAAUUACACAGUGAUUAUCAUCAAGUUUUUGGGUGCCGCUGCCUUCGUUGGCUUCUUUUUCUUCUUUUCUGUUUUUGUUGAUGUUGAAGCUGAUACUUUCUGCCAGCUCGGUUAGAAUGUUGGAUGUGCGUGACGGACGUGAAUUUUUCCACGAAGUACGUUGAGUGAAUGCGAACGGAAGAAAAAAUGUGAAAACUGUGCAAUGUUUUUCCUGAUGGAAUUGAAGGAAUGAACUUUUUCCUCUGAAAGUUGCGGUACGGAAGAAGCAAAAAAAAAAUCGAUUAACGAAGACCGAGAAAAAAAAGUGUAAAGCUGAUAAAUAUGGAUAAAUUUUUUGCGGCCUUUGGUGCUGCUGCGCCUGGUGGUGGUGGAGGAAAAGGAGGCAGCUUGAACAGCAGGUCGGCUGGAUGUUGGCCGCGAUAUCUCCUGACAGGCGUGUUCCAGUUGCUGCUGGUACUGCAUUAUGCUCAAGCUCUUCAAAAUCCUCGAAUAAUCGAACAUCCAAUAGACACGACGGUGCCUCGGCAUGAACCGGCCACGCUGAACUGCAAAGCCGAAGGAAUCCCAUCGCCCAUCAUCCAAUGGUACAAAGAUGGUGCUUCGCUCAAAAUACUGCCGGGAUCGCAUCGGGUUUUGCUGCCUGCAGGAGGACUGUUUUUUCUCAAGGUCGUAAACUCCCGCCGGGAAAGUGACGCCGGAGUCUACUGGUGUGAGGCCCACAACGCGAAUGGAGUAGCUCGCAGCCGGAAUGCCACUCUACAAGUAGCAGUGUUACGGGAGGACUUCCGGUUGGAGCCUCAGACUUCUCGAGUGUCCCAAGGCGAGACGGUCCUGCUGGAGUGCGGCCCCCCGAAAGGUAUUCCGGAGCCAUCAGUGGCGUGGCGGAAGAACGGCCAGAAGCUGGACGUCGAAAGCACCAAACGGAUUCGAAUCGUAGAUGGGGGCAACUUGGCUAUUCAGGAUGUUCGCCAGACCGACGAGGGAAAGUACCAAUGCAUUGCGAAGAAUCUGGUUGGACAGAGGGAGUCUGCGGCCGCUUUCCUCAAAGUUCACGUGAAACCAUUUCUGAUACGAGGUCCUCACGAUUCGACGAUAGUUGAGGGUUCUUCGGUUACGUUUCAAUGUCGGGUAGGCGGUGAACCGAUGCCGGAUGUACUUUGGCGAAGGUCUGCUUCCGGUGGUAAUAUGCCUCUGGAUAGGGUUCACAUCCUGGAAGAUCGGAGUCUACGGCUGGAAAACGUGGUACUGGACGAUGAAGGAGAAUACAGCUGCGAAGCAGAUAACGCUGUAGGGACGAUCUCCGCCACGGGAACGCUGACUGUGCAUUCUCCUCCGCACCUUGUAAUCCGGCCGGUGCCCCAAGUGGUAGAAGCUCCUCAUGAUGCCAGCUUCGAGUGCAAAUCGGAAGGACGUCCGAAGCCAACCACCUUCUGGUCGAUCGAAGGUAAUCGCACCCUGAUCUUCCCAGGCAACAAAUUCGAUCGCUUCGAGACGUCCAACACCAUCGAAGGUCUUAGCGUCCUAACGAUCCCUCAAACCACCAAGGCAGACAACGGUUUGAUCGUAGUCUGCAGCUCCGUCAAUGGGGUAGGCUCGAUCAGCGUUCGAGCACGUCUCACCGUAGCCUCCCAGGAUGAUCGACCUCCACCGAUCAUAAUCCUGGGCCCGUCAAAUCAAACUCUUCCACUUAAGUCCGUCGUGGCGCUUCCGUGCAAAGCAGUUGGAAACCCAACGCCCAUCAUCUCCUGGUACCUGGAUGGAAAUCCGGUAAUCAACUCCGAACGAAUCAACACGACGGACAACGGAACGCUAAUCAUUCACGACCUAGACAAGAGCACCGACCAAGGUCUGUACACCUGCGUUGCCAGCAGUCGUAGUGGGAAAGCUACAUGGAGUGCUUACCUUCGUUUGGAAGCCCCAACUAAUCCGAACAUCAAAUUUUUUCGCGCUCAUGAACCUGGUGCCUUCCCGAGCGCUCCCGGCAAACCUCAAAUCGUCAACGUAACCAACAGCUCGAUCACCAUCUCCUGGCUGCCGAGCAUAAAGUCCGGUGCUUCCGACAUCAACGGCUACCUGAUCGAAGUCUUCGCCACUGACAUGGCCAAAGGUUGGAUCCCCGUUCCCUACAAACUCUCCUCGACCAGCUACACCUAUUCGCCGGUGACGGUGGACGUAUCCUACACGUUCAUCGUUCGGGCGGAAAACGAUCAAGGUCUAGGUAUUCCCAGCUUGAUGUCGGACCCGGUAACGAUCGGCAGGGACUUCAACCACGGUGAAGACAUCAACCUCAGUGAAGCUCAGGCGACUCUCUCGUCCGGCAGUGUCGUAAACUUACUGGAAGUGAAUGCCUCCGAUUCGAGCAGUGUCCGCCUGGCGUGGGAGAUUGUGAAUGGGCAGUACGUGGAAGGGUUCUACAUCUACUCGAGGAUACUCCGUAGCAAUGGGACGUAUAGGACGCUGACGGUGCUGCACGGUGGAGGUGCUUCGGCUUGUACGAUCAACGGGCUGGCGAAGUAUACCGAGUACGAGUUCUUUCUGGUGCCGUUCUUCAAAACCAUCGAGGGAAGGCCGUCCAAUUCAAGGAUCGCUCGGACGAUGGAAGAUGUUCCCAGUGCACCUCCCGUCAAUAUGGAAGCGGUGCUGUUGAACACUUCAGCGGUGUAUUUGAAGUGGGAGCCACCGGCGAAUCAUAGCUUGAACGGAAAACUGAAAAACUACCACAUCAUCAUCCGUGGCUACGACGUCCACAACAUCUCCAAGGUCCUCACGAACAUGACUGUCGAUGGAGACUCUCCGAAGCUACUGCUGGCCAACCUCUCCGCCGGAGUGACCUACUCCGUCAGCAUCGCCGCCUCCACCCGCAUCGGAAUGGGUCCCUUCAGUGCUCCUUCCAUCCUCCGGCUGGAUCCCCACACCAAACGACUGGACCAGGGCUACACACGGUUUCCAAUAAAUCACGACUACUCACACGAUAUCCUGACGCAAACCUGGUUCAUUAUACUGCUCGGUUCGAUCAUUGCCAUCAUCGUGUUCCUGUUCGGAGCGACCGUCAUCUUCCGCCGGAUUCAGUUUAUGAAGCACAGCUCCCUGAACAGCAUGCAUGGAAAUCACGCAAUCGGAACGGUGCGCAAAUUCCCGACACUGCCGUUGAAUCCGAACGGCGUAUGGAUCGAUCCCGGAGGUGGUGUCUGGCGGCAGGCGUCCGAAAUCACCAAGGAAGCCAUCACCGACUAUGCGGCCGUGUCGAAUGCUCCCACGCUGCCACUGCCGGACUAUGAGAGAUUGUCACCGCUCAACAUGCCCGAUUACGCCGAGGUCGCUGGUUGCUCAUCCUUCAAGAACGAUCUCGGUGGCUCACCGUCCUACGAUAACUACGGUGCUUACGCUUCCACCACCCUGGUCGGCCGUUCGACUGGCAUUCAUCCGGGCAGUAUCGGUUCCUCCGUAGUAACAGCACCCAGUGCACCCAUGUUCGGCCAGAACCAAUUCGAUGGGAAAAAUGUCUACUCGGCACCGACGAGCUGCCACUACAAUAAUUUCAUAAAUCAACAUCAACUGCGACAUCAGCAGCAACUUCACCAACAACAACCGAACGGAUCCGGAGGUGGGGUGGAACCGAAACGAGCCUACGGCGCCGGAGGCAGCAUGAAGAGCCAGAAGAUGAACAUCAUCGAAAACCGGAUGGCUGACAUGAUGAACAACCUGGGCCAUAGUCAGACCUCGGUUGCCUCGGUCGUGGCCGUACCUGGCCUACCCGGGUCACCAUAUGGAGGUUCCAGUGUAAGUAAUCUCAAUGCAAACAGCAGCAGUAAUCUACUUCCGGCCGGAGCGUCCGGGGCCAGUGUCAGCGUUCCACACACGCCCCUCUUCGGCACCAUCAAGCGAACGACAAAAUACAACAAAAUAGGCUACAAUAAGGAUAAUAAACUCAAUUUCGGCGAUAAUGGACGCUCAACCGAGCAACCAUUGUUUAUCAAAUCCAAGUACGAUGGAACGUGGUCCUCAGUUCCCAGCACGGCGGCCUCGUCAGCAAACAACAUAAAUAUGAUUAAUAAUUCGCCAUAUCACCAACAACUCCACCAACAGCAGCAGCAGCAGCAGCACCAUCAAUCGCAGCAGUUGCCGUCGUCGUCCUUGUCGUCGUUGGGUCAUCAUCAUCAUCAUCAGGCACCGACGACGACUACGACGACCCAUCAGUUCGCUGGCAAAGGCCCCGGAAGCUCCAACAUUUUGGAUCCCUUGCCGAAUGGUUGCGGAGCUAAUAAUUUAGAUAAUCAACCAAUACAAAAUAAUAAUCCCUGUAGCAAUGGCAGCGGCAGCAACAAUGGUAGCAGUAGUGGUAGCAACAAUGGAUCCAGUUCUCCACCGAAUUAUUUAAGCAGCUUUGGUAAAACGGAUAAUGUGUAAAUUUCGUGGGCACCGGGCGUAGGGAGUUGCGGGGAAUUUGGGUAAGAUUCGCUUCCUGCGAACAGAUAGGUGGCCCCUGUUAGCCCUUGUUGUUGUGAUCUUCCAUACCGACCGAGCUGGGGAUGUAGAGGUAAUGUGUUUUACAUUGAGCGUGCAUUGUUCGGCUGGUGGUGGAUGCUCGUUUGUUUGUUAGUUCGAUGGGGCUUCCUAAAAUUGAGAUGUUUACUGCAUGGUUGUGGAACGGCAACACAGUAUGGCAAUGCGUUGAUAGUUUGUUAUUGGCAGUAAAGCUAAAUUUCAAUCAUUCACGAUGACAAUAGUUAAUGCUAUUUAGACACAGGAUUAAAUUGACCAUUGAGGUGACCACAAUAUUACUAGAAAUUUGUUUUCAUUUUUAUUAAUAGAGCUUACUUUUUCAUAUUUCCAUGGACUGUUUGAGCUCGCUACAAGAUUAUGUUGUUGCACUGUAGAUAUCUGAUGUGAUACAACCUUCUUUAUUUUGUAUGAAACUUUACAUAAUUGAUUUAUAUGGUCAAUCUUUCACAUUUGAGCUAAAAGCCGGUU